AUGAAUAUACUGGAUCUCCCCAUUGAAUUACAGCUACAGAUUGUUGGUCAGCUUGAUGAUUUGUUUGAAUAUCUUCGGUUAGCAAGAGUAUGCAAAAGGUUUCAAAGUUUGGUAAAGUCCAUUGUUUUGGUGCUUAGUGAUUCGCCUCGCCCUUCACCUUUAUUCAAAUCAAUCUUGAAAGAUCAUGUCCAGAUUAAACUUGAUGCUCAAACUCUGGUGCACUCUGAACUGAAAAGCUCUAUUAGAUCACAUCAAUAUUUCGUGUUUGAAUUUUUUGGUAUGAACUUGACACAACUGAUGGAAAGUUAUAUUUGUUUGAUUGCUGACUAUAAACCAAAAGUUUCUCAAAAGAUUGAUGUUGUUAUUAUGAACCAAAGUGCUGCUCUUAUUUCCAAAUCCAUAAUUUUUGAUCCAAGAAGUUUUGUCCCUGAAAAACUUAGCCAAGUGUCCAGGACCAUCUUUGCUUAUGAUUCAGAUAAAGCAUUGAAUGUGUCAGCUCCAGAAGGUUUGGUUGGAAGAAAUGAGUCAAUGAUGCUGAUGAGUAAUGCAUAUUAUAUGGAUAAUGUUGAAUAUUUACCACAGCUUUACGUCUACGCUAGUCCAAGGUACAAUUUUAAAAUAAUGUCCCCAAGCUUGAAGGUUCUCAGCGGAAUAACCAACGUUAAUGACAGAUUACCUAGACUACCCACUUUAUUUUAUUUUUUACAUUAUUCAAGCAUACCAAACUUAGAGGUCUUGACCGGGUUGGGAAUUGAAAGUGGAAUGGACUUGAGAGUAUUUGAAAGGUUUAAAAAAUUGGAAAAGCUACACUUAGACUCUGUCUUCACUGGGAAUUUAGCUUUAAAUGUUGCGGAAACAAGACUUGUUUCUCUUAGAAGCUUGGUUACUUUUAAGGUAUCUGGAAACUCCAUCUCAAUAUCUGAUUUAUUUUUACCAAGUUUGAAAACAUUUGAUAUAACUAUAAGUGGUUCAACAGAAAGAAACUUUAGAUCAACAAUUCACAUGGAGAAUAUUCAGACACCCAAAUUAGAAAGGCUUUAUAUUUCAGCUUCGAAUGUUUCUGAUGCACCAACUUAUAUUUUAAGACAUUUAGAUAUAAGCAACACAACAGUGAUGUGUAUCUAUAGCAGCAAUUGUUCCUCGUUUCCAAAACUUGAGCAGAUACACUUUCCAAAACUUCAAGAAGUGAAGCUAGGUGCUCUCAAUGCAAGCACAGAUGAAUUCACACCAGUCCCUUUCAAACUUGAUGCCCCAAAUUUGAGAUUGUUGAAUGUUAAAAACCUGCAAAUUUUCAACCAGGUAUUGUUCAACAGUGGUAUUUCUUAUAAAGGGUUAAAGUCAUUAUACAUUCACUUAAAAGUUUUACCUGAUCCUCAAAAAUAUAAAUUUUCUCAAGAGUUCUUCCCAGACUUAGAAGUGUUGGACAUCGGGUAUUUCAACCAAUUUGGUAGAUUAAUUUCAAACAACAUUGACUUGGUUUUGAAUUUACCAACGUUGAAGCAGUUGACUACAAAACAAGCCAUAUUUGACAAAAUAGUUUCUACAAGCGAUUGGAGAAGUGGGGACAUUGAAUUAAAUAUUAUUUCAGUACCUGGAAUGAACACUUAA